UUUGAGACUGGGAGCGGGUUUCAGUCACUCGGAGCCCGUUCUUCGUCUUCCUCCUCCUUCCCGCCGGCUGUGCAGCAGCGGAGCAGCACAGACUCCUACUCCUCGGCUGAUUUUGCUCCUCCCGCUCUGCGUCUCAGGCAAUCUCUUCGGUAGUUCUUCCUCCUCUUGCAACCGGCAACGCGACCUCAUCCUCCGGCGGUCGACACCGAAGAUCCCCUCCUCCUUCGGCGAUCGACGACAAAGCUCCCCCAUUGUUUGGCGGUCGAAGGCGAACCUUCCUCAUCUGCUGCCUAAGACCCAGCCUCCUCUAAGUAUUAAGACAUGCCUUAAAAGGAAAGAAAGAAUGGCUUUCCAGGGUUUUGAAAAGAGCUCAGGUCCCUCCGAGCCCCCUAAAUCGCUCAACCCUUUUGCCCACUUUCCUCGCCCUCCUUCCCCAACCCCAUCUUUCUCUGGCGAUCCCUUUAUUCAAUGCAGGAAUUCUUUAUCUCCUCCCAGGAGGGAUAAUCGGCCCCACGAAGACGUCCCCUCACUCUCAACUUAUCUAGUUUCUUAUGAUUCUGGGCAAACUUCUUUGACCAAGCUUCCUGCUGUUCAAUCCACCAAACGAGCCAGGUCUCCACCUUUACCAUCUGCAAAUGAAGUUCUCCAGAAAAAUUCUCAUCUUCAACAAAAUGAGUCUACAAGGCCUUCCUUAUCACCUCAUAGAUUGGGCACACGGACAAACGAUGUUUUCAGUAAUCCUGAAUCUCAAAUUCCCCAGAGGCCUUCAUUAUCUUCGAACAAUGGUGAUGGAACUGCCACAACCAAGCUCAGCAGCUUCCCAGUUACCAAAAGGACUAGGUCACCUCCUUUAACUUCUUCCAAUCAAGUCGUCUCUCCCGAAGAUGGUGCUGAACGAGAGCUGCAAGCCAAGGCAAAACGAUUGGCUCGUUUCAAGGAUGAACUAAACCAAAGCGUGCGAGCUAGUCCUAAUAUUGUGAAUCCGAAGCUGCAUUCGAAUAGACAUGAACAUUAUAUGGAGAGGCAAAAAUUAUUUGGUGGAUAUCCUGUGGAAGCAGCAGGAGAUUUCACCAAUGGAAAUGUUUUAUCUGAUCAUGAUGGCUUGGAAUCAUCCAAUAUUAUAGUUGGGUUGUGUCCAGAUAUGUGUCCUGAGUCAGAGAGGGCAGAAAGAGAGAGGAAAGGGGAUCUUGACCAGUAUGAGCGUGCGGAUGGGGAUAGAAAUCAGACCAGCAAAUUCCUUGCCAUUAAAAAGUAUACUAGAACAGCAGAAAGGGAAGCAAAUUUGAUAAGGCCCAUGCCGAUCUUGCACAAGACGGUUGACUAUCUUCUGAGUUUGCUCGAUCAGCCUUACGAUGACAGAUUUCUUGGCAUAUAUAAUUUCUUGUGGGAUAGAAUGAGGGCCAUUCGGAUGGACCUGAGGAUGCAGCACAUUUUUAACCUUGGGGCCAUUACAAUGCUGGAACAAAUGAUAAGACUUCACAUAAUAGCUAUGCAUGAGUUAUGUGAAUUUACAAAAGGAGAGGGCUUUUCAGAGGGAUUUGAUGCUCACCUCAACAUUGAACAAAUGAACAAAACAUCAGUUGAACUAUUCCAAAUGUAUGAUGAUCACAGGAAAAAUGGAAUAAACAUACCAACAGAAAGAGAGUUUCGAGGUUAUUAUGCACUUCUCAAACUAGAUAAGCAUCCUGGGUACAAAGUUGAACCUGCAGAGCUCUCGCUUGAUCUUGCAAAAAUGACUGCAGAAAUAAGACAAACCUCAGAAGUGCUAUUUGCUCGUGAUGUAGCUAGAGCCUGCAGAGUGGGAAAUUUCAUUGCCUUCUUUAAGCUUGCGAGAAAAGCGAGUUACCUGCAAGCAUGCCUUAUGCAUGCUCACUUUGCGAAGUUACGAACGCAGGCACUUGCUUCCCUCCACUCUGGUCUACAAAGCAACCAGGGUCUGCCUGUUGCUCAUAUUACCAAAUGGCUCGGAAUGGAGCAAGAAGACAUUGGAAGCCUUCUAGAGUACCAUGGUUUCUUGAUAAAGGAAUUUGAAGAGCCAUAUAUGGUGAAGGAUGGCCCAGUUUUAAAUGUUGAUAAGGACUAUCCUACCAAGUGCUCAAAACUUGUUCAUUUGAAAAGGUCAAAAGUGAUAAUCGAGGAUGUUUCAUCAUUUCGUCAACCUGUGUGCCCCCCUGCUGAAGAAAGGAAGGAACAUCAGCUGGGUAUUGUCAAUCAGCAUGACUCUAUAGAUAUUGAACUUGUUCAUUCUGAGAGUUCCAUCCCAACAUAUGAUGAAGAAAUGUCUGAUUAUGGACCAAUCUCGUCCCCAAGAGAUGACGUGAAAAGGCGGCCAAUGCUCAAAGAAUCAACAGUUGGUCAACAAAAUUUAAAUUACCAGCAGGUGGCUGAGACAAGUUUGUCGCCUUGGGGUCUCUCUUCAGCUCAAAAUUCUCCCAAAUCCCAGGUGGCUGCAUUUGGAAGAGUGGACAGGCUAAAUCUUGAAGCCCAAUUCACGUUCUCUCCAGCUCAAAGUUGCCCUGAAUCUCAACUGGCUAAAGUUGGAAGGGUGGACAAGCUGAAAACUGAAGCACCUCCCAGAGAAUCUCCAAACAGAGAUGCACAUUUUGACGGGGGAGUGGUCCCGUUGCAAAUUUUGUCAAGCAGAGUGUUGCAAGAUAGACCUCCAGGUCUGCCAUUUGAUUCAGCUGUGGAGAAUUCACUGCACCAGAAUGUGGUUGCAAUUGUGAAAGAUAGAGAAGAUGAUGAACCUACAUAUAUCCAUCAAGAAACUGAAAAUGACAAAUUCAUGGCAAGCCAUCAUGCUGAAGAAGCUGCUGAGGCAAAGCUCAAGUUGAUCAUAAGAAUUUGGAAGAGGCGUGCAUCAAAGCUAGGGGAUUUGCGUAAGCAAAGACAGUUGGCAGCAAAUGCUGCUCUUAAUUUGCUAUCAUUGGGCCCACCUCUUCAAAAGAACAAACAUCAAUCAAGCAGUUUCAGCGAGUUUAGCAUUGAUCGUAUUAUGAGGGAGAGAUAUGAAAAGCAUGAAAGAUCUUGGUUGAGGUUGAAUGUUUCAGAGGUGAUAGCAGAUGAACUGAGCAGAAGAAACCCAGAUGCCAAAUGCCUUUGCUGGAAAAUUAUUGUAUGUUCUCAGAUUGACCAAGGGGAAAAAAUGAGGCUGCAAGGCCAGGUGACCAAUUUGGCAGCUGCCCAAUGGCUGCUUUCCAAGGUCAUUCCUACCCAAAAAGAUGAUGUUGAUGAGGAUGUUGGACUGCUUAUUUCCUCUCCUGGCCUGUCAAUAUGGAAGAAGUGGGUUCACAGCCAAUCAACUGCAGAUCUGACCUGUUGUUUGUCAAUUGUAAGGGAUACACAAUCUGACAGUUCAAGUGAAACAGUAUUAGGUGCAAGUGCAGUUCUGUUCCUUGUAUCUGAAUGCAUCCCAUGGGAGCUCCAAAAGAUCCAACUCCAUAAAAUUCUGCUGUCCCUACCUUCUGGUUCGCGUGUGCCCCUUCUGAUCUUAAGUGGCUCAGGAAAAGACAAUGAUUCAAACCUUUCGUCUACCAUAAUUAAUGAGCUGAGGCUCCAUGACAUCGACAAAUCACGAGUGAGUAGCUUUCUGGUUCUUUUCCUUGUUGGAAACCAGCAAAUGGAACAGUUUGGUGGGUUUUUCAGUGAUGAACAGCUAAGAGCAGGGCUACGGUGGCUGGCAAGUCAGUCACUCCCGCAACCAGUACUUCGUCGCAUGAAAGCACGUGAACUGGUUUUGACCCACUUGAAUUCUUCUCUAAAGGUUCUGGACAAGAUGAGCAUCUAUGAUGUGGGUCCAGACCACUGUAUCUCAGCCUUUAAUGAAGCCUUAGAUCGAUCAGUGGGGGAAGUUUGUUCUGCAGUCAAUGCAAAUUCUGCCACAUGGCCUUGUCCUGAAAUGGUUUUGCUGAGAGAGUUCAGUAAUGAGUACAGAGCUUACUACUUGCCAAGCAUGGGUUGGAGCUCAGGCGCAAGAAUUGAACAACUCACACACUCAUUAAAAGACUGUAAGCUUCCUCAUUUCCCUGAGGAUAUUUCUUGGUUGGGCAAAGGUUCUAGCAUGGGGAAGGAGAUAGAGUUGCUUAGAUUACAACUUGAAAGUUGCUUGGUCAGAUACCUGACUCAGUCCAGUAAGAUAAUGGGAUUAGAUCUAGCAAGAAAAGAGGCACAUGUAAUGCUCCAAACGAAUGCACAACUUGAGCUUCAUAGUUUAAGAUAUUAUAUUGUUCCAAAGUGGGAUCUGAUUUUCCGACGGGUCUUCAAUUGGCGAUUAAUGAAUUUAUCCAGUGGGGUUCCUGCAGCUUAUGUUUUAGAGCCGCAUAGCAUCACCCGAACUUACGAAGGCCUAGAUGAGUCAGAAAUUGAAGUAGGUGUAUCUUUGCCAUACUGUAUAAUUCGUCCAUCUCUAGAUGAGAUGGUUGAAGUUGGUUGCGUGUCUGGGGAGGAUCAGCCAGAGCUUGAAGCUUCUCAACCUUUGUCUGGGAUGGUUUUGAUUAGCAGUGAAGUUCCGAAGGUUAACAGUGUGAAUGAAGUGGAGGGAAGGAUUUCUACACACAAUGCUGAAUUGGCAGAAACAGAUGAUGCUUAUUUAACCAGUCGUGAGUUGGUGUCAUCUUCCAAGACAACAAAGGAAGCUGACAAAUUAAGCAAGUUGUUGGAGCAGUGUAACAUGUUGCAGAAUAGGAUUGAUGAGAAGCUGUCGAUUUAUUUUUGAUGUGCUGAUUUUUUUUCAUGCAAAAUUUUGUAUCUUGUAUCUGUAACACGAAGUGUUUGCAUCAUCUGGAAACCAUUCUAAUUUUAGUAUGAAGGUGUACAGCGAAGAAAUGGUUAAUAAAAGCUUUUCAUUUAGAUGCCA